ACUUCGACUUUGCAGCAACGCGAAAUCUCUAAACCAAGGCAAACAAGUUCAUCCCCAAACAAUUGUGCAUGGGUUUCAUCAAAACUCUUUUGUAAUUACCAAAUUAAUCCAGAUGUAUGCCGAUUGUGAAGAUUUGGCAUCUGCCCAUAAACUGUUCGACCAAGUACAGCAACCAAAUGUGUUUGCUUGGACUGCAGUAUUGGCAUUCUAUUCAAGGCAUGGAUUGUACGAGGAAUGCGUUGGAGGUUAUUAUAAAUUAAGAAGUUUAGGCGUUUUGCCGGAUGGUUAUGUGUUUCCUAAGGUAUUACGGGCCUGUGGGCAGUUACUGUCUUUAGAAUCAGGGAUGUUGGUGCACAAAGAUGUGAUUGUUUGUGGGUGUGAACUCAAUUUAGAGGUAAGUAACUCUUUGAUUGAUAUGUAUGCUAAGUGCAGGGAUAUUACGAGUGCAAGGCAGGUGCUCGAUGAAAUGCUGGAGAGAGAUUUGUUAUCAUGGAAUUUGAUGAUUUCGGGUUAUGUGAGCAAUGGGUUACUUGAAAUGGCUGUGGCAUUUUUGUAUUAUAUGAGAUUGGAUGGUUUUGAACCUGAUACUGUGACAUUGAAUAUGAUAAUGGAUGCUUAUUGCCUUAUGGGGAGAUGUGAUGAAGCGUGGGAAAUCUUUGAACAGAAUAGAGAGCCUAAUAUUGUCUCAUGGACUACUUUGAUCUCUGGUUAUUCAAGAAUUGGGAAGCAUGAAAAAUCCUUGUGGAUUUUCAAGGACAUGCUCAAUAGGGGUAUGCUUUUGCCUGAUUUAGGUUGUCUUUCUAGUGCACUUGCAUCCUGCAGGCACCUGGGUGCCCUUUCCAGCGGGAAAGAGAUCCAUGGUUAUGGGAUCAAAAUAAUAACAGGGCAUGCGUUCUAUGGUUCAGCUGGUGCUGCCCUGUUGACAAUGUAUUCUAAGUGCAGUAGAAGUCAGGCAGCAAGGUAUGUAUUUGAACUGAUGGACAAAUCUGAUGUUGUUACAUGGAAUGCAAUGAUUCUCUGUUUUGUUGAUCUAGGAUUGCGGCAUUUGGCACUUGAAUGUUUAGGUAAAAUGCAAAGAUUGGGAAUUAGGAAUGACCAAACUACUCUAUCAACAGUUUUGCCAGUGUGUGAUUUGAAAUCUGGGCAGCAAGUUCACUCCUAUGUCAUAAAAUGUGGGUUUGACUCUGUUGUUCUGGUUUGUAAUGCACUGAUACACAUGUACUCAAAAUGUGGGCACAUUGAAUAUGCAUACUCUAUAUUUACUACAAUGGUUAAUAGAGAUUUAAUAUCAUGGAACACAAUGAUUGGAGGGUUUGCGAUGCAUGGAAUUGGCCAAGUUGCUCUUCAGCUGCUCCCACAGAUGGUUAAUUCAGGGUUAUGCCCCAAUUCCUUGACUUUCACUUCUGCACUAUCAGCCUGUAACCACUCAGGUCUUGUGGAAGAGGGGCUUAAACUAUUCCACAGCAUUUCAAAUGACUUUGGCUUGGCCCCUAGGAUGGAGCACCAUGCUUGUGUCGUUGACAUGCUUGCACGUGCUGGUCGGCUUGAGGAUGCCCUCAACUUUAUUCACGAAAUGCCUCUAGAACCCAAUAAGCGCAUUUGGGGUGCUCUAUUUGCUGCAUGUCAAGAGUACCAAAAUGUUAAUAUUGGAAAGGUAGCUGCUGAGCAUUUGAUCUGCUUGGAACCCGAGAAUGCCGGCCACCAUAUUACACUAUCAAAUAUAUAUGCCAGAGUCGGUAGAUGGGAUGAUGCUGUUAGGGUGAGGAAGCAAAUGGAGGGAAGAGGCUUGACAAAGCAAUCAGGAGAAAGAGGACUGAAUAAUGCUGGUCUUCGCCGAGUAGGCACUGAUGUUGCAGGCUCGAAUAAUGCUGAUCAGGAUAGAUUGAGAUUGAAGAGUUACAGAAAAGAAAAAAUGGAGGAGAGCAACGGGGAUGGGGUCUACCCCUACUGGUACUGGAACCUUAAAAACUUCCAGAAUAAAAAAGGGGUCCUGUCCAGUGCCUGUAGCGGCAAAGGUGGUUCAACGUUGACAUUGAUGACGUGACACCUGUUCUGUACCAUCCCCGAUCCAAUUGUUGACCUCU